GUUUUGUGGUAAAUGUUGUGGUUGUGAUUGUUGUGUGUUGUGUUUGUUAAAAAUAUUAUUUUUCAAAAUAAAAUAAUAAUAAUAGUUAAAUAAACAUAAUUAAUAUGUUUUAAUAUUUGUCAGUUUGUGCUGUGGCCAUGACUAACAAAAUGGAUGAAUUCAAGCAAAAAAUAUUGGGGCUUAUUAACAAACAGCCCCCUAAAAUACCUUCAAUGGGCUUUGACGACUCCAACUACCACUUUCCACAAAUGCCUACUCUAUCUAUUAAUAGCAAAACUGCUCAAGACAGUGAUAGACCUGCUGAUCAAGAUAUUUUGGAGAGCAUUGAAGCUGCUUAUUUUUCAAUGAAUGAUGAUUUUGAUAUUUGUAGAUUUGAACUUUCAAAACUCACUGACACACUAGACUGUGAUCAAAUUCAACGAGACUUUAAAAAUCUAAAGCAACAACAUUCGGUUGUAUCGAAAAAAGUCCUACAACUAAUUUUAGAGCAUCAAAAUUCAUGUAAUGAGGAGUUCAAAACUAUUGAAGAUAUUUUAGAGCAAGUGAAAGAUACUUUAAAUGACUGUAGGGAAAGUAGAAAACAGUUGGCUAUAGCUGGAAGACAAUUUUCAGCUAGUCUAGGAAUAUUGGCCAAUUAUAGAAAAAGAAAAUUGGCUCAGAGAUUGCUGGGUAAUCUUAAUAUGAUCAAAAAUUUGCAUAGCUUUGAUAAAAGAUGCGAACAACUAUUAAAUGAUGAAGACUAUGCUGGAGCGAUAACAGAAUUAAAAACAUGUCAAAAAAUAGCAAUAAAAUAUAGACACUUUAGUUGUGUAGCAGCACUAACUUAUAAACUACAAGAGACCCUAGAAAACACAGACACACAAUUCGACAGAAUCUUAGCACAAAUGUGCUACCACUUUGACAAAGACAGAUACAGCAAAUUGCAAGCUGCAUAUGAUUUGCUAGAAAAAUCUCAAGUAGCAAUGAUCGACAAUAUUCAUGUGCAUUAUAUCACUGCCAUUUAUAAUUCGUCGUUUAAUAUUGUUAAUUCUUUUGUUUCUACUGGCGAGAUUAUGGAUUCUGGAGAUAAUAGUGGCAAAAAUCCUUAUAAAACAUUAUGUCAGUCAGUUCCUCAAGAUUGUUUUAUUCCAUGUCUGGCACAAUUAUGUAAAGUCCUAUUUAAAAUAGUCCUCAGCUACCACAAGCUUAUCAAGUGGUACUAUAAUCAAGAAGAGGGACAAAGUGAGAAUGGAUUAGAUAUCGAGUUAAGUAUGAGCAAGCAAAAACUAGACCAUAAUGUAGUUAAAAUAUGGGAUGAUGUGCAAAGAAAAGUAUCAAGUUUGUUAUUAAACGCUGACCUAAGUACUUAUAAAUUUGAUCAGUUUGUGCAAGUUUUAAGAACCGUCCAUAGAUUGAUACAAGUGGGAGAAGAAUUUUGCUCUAGCAAAUCCGAGGAUCUACAAGAAUCCAUUAGAAAACAAAGUGUAUGCUAUUUUAAAAAUUACCACGCACAAAGGAUGGACGAAUUAAAAAUAUUCAUGGAAAAUGAAAUCUGGGAAAUAUGCCCUGUAAAGCCUACUUUUAAUAUUUUACAGCUGCAAGAAUUUAAAUCUGUAAGAUCGGCAUUGAAAAAUUGCAAAAGUUCUUCACAAAUAAGCCCUACAGUUCCCGCGUACUCUGCUAAUUCUACUGAUUGUUCGUCAUGUCAUUCACAAGAUGGUAGCAAUAUAACAGCAAACUAUUUCAUAAGGUAUACUCUUCAUGGAACACCUUUUGACAGUGGAUUAGAUGAAACAAUAAUUGAAGAAGACAUUUUGGCUAUGGAUAAUGAAGGUUCUGGGUAUUAUUCUGAGGACAGUGAAGAGGAAUCUGAGGAAUUAAGAAAAGAUUUUGUAGAUGAAGAUGGUACAAAACAAAAUCAUCAAUUGGAAAAACAUGUGCAUCAUCAAAAAUCGCCCAUAUUGACUAACACAACUUUGUCAGUACUUAGGCAAGUGGGAAAAUAUUUGCAAAUGUCUAGAUUGCUGAAACCAAUUUCCUAUCAAAUAAUUAGUUGUAUGAAUCAGCUGUUUGAUUUUUAUUUGUAUUGUGUGCAUCUGUUUUUUGCUGCUGAUUUGACUGUAUCAGGCAACAGUCUCUACUCAGAAGAGUUAAUAAUUACCCUUAGAAAAAUCAAUGACAAUCUAAUUUUUGAGCCUGUUCCACAAGAACAACAUAUCCAAAUUCCAGAGGGCCGAAUUUUUAAGCCUUCAAUGUCCCUGAUGGUGGAUUUACAAAAGCCUGAAAAGUUGCACGGGUUAGCUGAAAGAAUAGUCGGUGUGGAAAGUUUGGUGUUUCUUGCCAAGCAAUAUGAAUUUUUGCAGGAAUAUUUGGAACAGUUGGUGCCUCAAACUAAUAGGAUUAUGUUGCAACAAUUUUUUGCACAGAAUAUCGCAAGUGUGUCUCAUUUACGAAAACCAGUAUACAUGGCGGUAGUUGCACAAGCCUUCGAUUUAAGACAAAUUUUAUUAUCGAUGUCGAAAAUUAAUUGGGAAGUGAAAGAAGUAAUGUCUCAGCACAACAGUUAUAUUGAUAUGAUUUUGAGGGAAGUUCAAAUAUUUAGAUUAAGAUUAGAAGAAGUGGCUCAUAAGGUUCCUAUAUCCAAUGAUGUCUACAGGGUGUUGUGGGAGAGUAUUGCCCAUAUUGUAACUCACACUUUAGUACAAGGUUUCUCUGAUGCUAAAAAAUGUUCGAACGGUGGCAGGGCGUUAAUGCAACUAGAUUUCACACAAUUUUUGUCAAAAUUUGAAAAAAUCUCCUCGCUGAGACCAGUGCCUCAUAAAGAAUAUGUGGAGAAUUAUGUUAGGGCUUUUUAUUUGCCUGAGAUGGAGUUAGAGAAAUGGAUAAGAGAGCACAAGGAAUAUUCUUCCAAGCAUUUGUUUGGUUUAGUAAGUUGCGCUUGUCAGAAUAAUAAAAAAUCGCGUCAGAGGCUGCUGCAAGUCAUCGAAGAAGCUGAAAAAAAUAUUCUGGGCAGAUAGCAAAUGGACCAAAAUAUUUUAAAAGAUCUUUUUGAAAUAACUAAUUGAUUUGUAAUUCGUGAUAUUUUUAAAUUUUAGUUUGUACAAUAUUCUUCUCUAUAUAUUUUUCAUUUCGAGUUUGAAAACAUAGCUCUCUCAAUUAAUUGAAGCACAAACUUAAUGUUGUAAAUAAUUUAAUUUUAUUGUUGUUAAUAUUUCUUAACGAUCAUUGCUUUUUCUAUUUGUUAAAUUAAGUAUAGUAAUAUGGCACUAAACAUAAUAAUUGUUGUUGGUUUGAAGAUGUAUUAUUUAUUUAUUCAUGAAUUAUAUGUAUGUAUUAUGAAUUUUUAUUGAGGGUUAAAGGACUGGAGCUCGGACUGGAGGUAAAUGAAGAAGCCAAACUUUUGGUAAGAUAAAACAAUAUAAUAAUAAAUAUUGCAAUGAAGCAUCAAAAAAGCCUAAACAAUAAUAAAAUAUAAGCGAGAAACAUAUAAAGCAUUUAAAUUUAACUUUGUAUUAUGGACUUAAGAAAGGUAUUUCCGUUUAUUAGUUUAGUAGUGGCUAUCACAAAUUCUACAUUAGAAUCUUCUUGCUGGGAUAAGAAUCUUAAAGCUGAAAUCUAAAAGACAUAAACCCACUUAAAAAAACUAUAAAUAAUUAAAAAAAAAGGAGAAAAUACCUCAGCAAAAGUACAUCCUCCUAUAAAGAAAACUAGUACUACUUUCGGAGUAUCAUAAUUUUGAAUAACGUUUGAGGCUAUUGAAGGCGAUUCGUCUAGAGUAGGACCUAGAAAAAAGUUUCAAAGCAUGUAUGUUUGAAUAAUAUCAACUCGUUUACCAGGUAAUAAGCCCAAAACGUCAUGCAAUUGCUUCCAGCCUCCAUUCUUAGUAACUUGUUCAGCUAAACGUACACUGAGAGGAGCAUAAAUGCUAUGCACGUAACAAAUAUCAGUUGGAUUUAUUUCCGAAGUGUCUUCCAUUACUAAUUUUAAAGUCUAAAAAUAUAUUCUAUCAUUUUUUCAAGGGAGUCGUAAGUUGAACCAAUAACGCCGGCGCUGUAUCUAUGACAUUCAAGUAAAUCUACUAGGAAAAUUUAAACUAUAGUUGAUCCAUAACUAAAUCCGUCACAAUGAGUCCACUAGCAAAAUAGAUAUAAGUGCAGUUGGUGUCACUAAUGACGUGCAACGGAUUUAGUUUAGAACAACUAUAAUUGAUGAUGAUGAUAUAGUUGCCAAUAUAAAUAUGGUGAUCACUGGCUCAAUUUAUGGAUAAGUAGAUGAGCAUUCACAGCCCUAUGACAACAUAACAGUAUAUUUAUACGAUGAGAAAAUGACAAUUAUAUAUGAUCAAAUAUGGAACACAUGCUUCUCAUAAAUCUGGAUGUAAUAACAUCUCUCAACAUUCAAUGACCAUUAUUUUUCUUUCACACAAAUCGUGAAACCUCAGAAGGUCAUCCCAUAGCAGUUCUGACUCACCGUGUGAGCUGAGUCAAUACAGUUAAAAAUUUUAAAAUCGUCAGUACACAAUAAAUUAUUAAAGAGGUGAAAGCUCGGGUGAGACCAACAGAGCUGAUGAUAAGGGGUUUAAAGGGAAGGAGAUUCUGAUUUACUCUACAGUCUACAGUUGAUUGAAAUUUUCUGCAUAUGAUGAGCUUUUAUCAGUUAUUAAUUAUAGCAGUAUUUUUAGGAAUCUGCAUCCAAUUUGGGCUCUAUUCCAUGUAACCUUAUAUGAAGAGAUACACAAGGUAUUUCCAAAAAUUGAACAACAACUGAAUUUUAUUCUCCAUAAUGUUUUUCACCUACUAGAAUGAUCUCUGAUUUUGUGUUCAUUUAUAGUCGGGUUCCUAAUAGUGGUUUAUUUCCGGUUAUUUUGAGUCUUUGACAUUUCAGAAGAGGCUUUGCAUUACUGCUAAAGGUCCUAGAUAUAGCAAAGGCAUUAUAAUCAGACUAGUAACCCUAACUUACUUUUCUCAAAACUGUAUACUGUCUGGUACCAGAUUGUAAUUUCAAGAGUCCAACUUUUUCCAGCUUGGUAAUAGCUAAAAGGGCUUCCAAACCAUAAACCUGAACCAAUUCUCUUUUAUAUCCUUCCAUAACUUUGGGUUUUAACCCUGAAGAACAAACGCACUGUAAACAAAUCAGUCUUAAAACUUGAAUUAAAGGUUUUCCAUGUGCCAUAAGUUCUUCUAUAUAUGGACUAGGUUUGUCAACUUCAAAGCAACUGAGAAACUCUUGUUCUGCCUUUAAGGUAUCAAAAAAGUCGUAUUGAUCUGUAUGUUCUUUAAUACAUUCUGCUAUAGAAGUAUGUAAGGCUAGUUGUUUUUUCUUGGCUAAAAUUUGGGGCAACCUAUUAACAUAAAGUUUCAUUUCUUGAACGGAUUUAUCUUGAAUGUUCUCCUGUUGGGCUGUUAUACUUUUAGCUUGUUUUGCUAGAUACAAUGGUACUGCAUUAAAACUUUUAUCUCUAAUAUCAGCAAAUGAUUUAUCAGCUGAAUUAAGUAUGACUUGUUUCUUGUCCUCUGAAAGUGAUUCUGUAGAUCUUUCUUCAGUACUUAAGAAAUUGUCUAUAGGAAAAUUCGCUGUGGCAUUGUUAAUACCAAAUAUUUCAUCAAUUAAACCUAAAAUUAUUUAUAGCAUGACCCAAAAAAAUAACUACUUGUUAACCAUACCUUCAUAAGUAAGUUGUGUAGCCAACGGAGUAAUCAAAUCAACUGACCUAUCAAUUAACAUAAUUUGAUCAAUACUACAAGUUUGAUUGGACGCAGUUUCCUCAUUAUUAUCUUUUUCCCUUUGAAGUCUUGAAACUAAAUCCCAAACUUGUUUGGCUGCAAUACCUUUGCCCCAAACCCUGGGAAUAGGUCCGUAUAAUUUUUGUAAAAAUAUUAUAGCCUGAGCUGUUUGGUAUAUGUAAGUUGGAUCGUUUUCGAUGGUGCAUUCUCUAAAAACUUCUGCAAUUUCCAUUGAUACCACAUCAGAAUCGAAUGGAAAUAGUUGGCAUUUGAAUUCUUCUAUAAAUAUCAUGUUUCCAAAUACACCUUGGUGUUUGAGGGCUUCUUCACAUAGUAAACUUUUUUUGGGUACAAAAAAUAAGUGAUAUUGUUUUUUUGAGUUGCGUCUGUCUUUGGAAUCAUCUUUAACAUUUUUGGCUAAAAAUUAAUUGCUUAAUAUUUGUUUUUGUAGCAAAUGGAAUGCAAAAAUCACCAAUAUAAUCCAUCAAAUGCAAUUUUGGUCUAGCAAUGAAUAUAACAUGAUCAACUUCAGUGGAAGGCAAUGGUAUAGGUCGUAAAGGAAACAUAUUUUUAACAGAAUAUUCUCUGAGCAUUAUAUAUUCUGCUACUAAACCCACUGGGCCUGCUAACGAGUUGUCCCAAACAAUGGCUUUGGUUCCAGGACAUUUUUCUAGCAGUUCUAUCAAAUUAUUUCUCGCUGAGGUUUGAAUUAGGGAAAAGUCUACUCUGCCACCUUGUAGAUGCGA